AGAGACCAAAGAAGGCGUUCGCUCUCGGCCUGCGUGAACCUGCGUUCGUGGAAGAGGCAACGGCAAGCGAGUCGAGGCAGCCGCCGCGGCCUGGGCGCACGCGGCCGCCGCGGCCAGGCCCCACGGCGCAGCACGCCGCGUUGGCGUUGGCGUUGGCGGUCCCUCGCUCGCGCCCCCGCCCCCGCCCCCAUAAGCUACCGUUUCUUUUCAGGCAGAGAGCAGAGUAAACAAACCGCACAGCCAGUUAGCUACAGCGCGAGCCGACCGAUAAGGGUAGGAAAAAGCCCACAAGCGCACUGCGCACGCGCUAGCCGGUAGCCGCUUGCGCCGCGCCCGCCCGUGCCUCUCCUCCACCUCCUCCUCGUCGUGAACCAAAUCCAGUCCCACCCCGCCGCGGAUCCCGACCCAGCUCGGACGCGCCGAGGCCAGCCGCGGGGGUGCAAUCGCCUGCCUGAGGGGGAAGGGAAGGGAGGAGGGAGCGAGGCUGUUCGGUCCGGUGCGGGGUGGUGUACUCAGCAGUAGCGCGGGGGGAGAUGUUGGCGAGCCGGCCGGUGGUGCACCCGCUGGAGGUGGCGCCGCCCGCGGAUCCGGUGGAGCAGCCGAAUGGGGUGCUGAUGAAGGACCUGCCCGGGAUGCCCGGCACGCCGGGGGGGCUCGGGCUACGCGUCGUGCAGCUCCUCUUCGCAGCCAUCUCGCUCGCCGUCAUGUCGUCCACCAAUGACUUCGCUUCCGUCUCCGCCUUCUGCUACCUUGUCGCAGCGGUUAUUUUGCAAGGUCUGUGGAGCCUUUCGCUAGCCAUUGUGGAUAUAUAUGCACUGAUGGUUAAGCGUUGUUUACGGAACCGUCGAGCUGUUUGUCUGUUUGCACUUGGAGAUGGGAUCACAGCCAUAAUAACUUUCGCUGCAGCAUGUGCCUCGGCAGGAAUCACCGUCCUGAUCAAUAAUGAUCUGAACAUAUGCUCAGAAAACCACUGUGCUGCUUUUGAGUCAUCAACAGCAAUGGCGUUCAUGUGUUGGUUUGCUAUUGCGCCCUCCUUUCUCCUGAACUUCUAUUCGGUCGCCUCUAGCUGAAAAGAAAGAGGAUAGAAGCUGAAAAGAAAGAGGGUAGAGCUUGAUUUUGGAGAACUUUGUGCAUCCAAUUGUGGUUUUAGCGACAAUCAGAUAUAGAGUGGCACAGCUAAUAGUAUUAGAAUUGGAAGCUGAUGAACGCCUAUGAGACAACUCUGUAAAAAAGCAUAGGGAGUGGCUUGUUUGGCAAAGGCAUUGUUGCUGUGAAACUUUGCAGUUCUAUCGAGUAAGGCAAGUAUCCUGUAAAAUGCUUGGAACUGUUAAGUUUCUGUGUGUCCUGACUCCUGAAGCAUACAUAUUGCAUAUAGAGAGCUAAUGGUGUUGAGGUAUUCGUACCAA